AUAGUGAAUAGUGGGAUUUUUUAUUCUCUCUACCUCCCAUUUUCGCUGCUUUUUUUUCUCGUCAAGCAGCAGUUUUCUCUCUUUCUGUGGAGGAGAGAGAGCGCCGUAUUGCGCCAUUCCUUUUGUUCGCUCUAAAUCUCACUGCUACUCUGGCAGCUCGUGAUGUCAUGUGGAUGCGGGUGGUGAAUUCCUAUGUCGCGAGCUUCCGCUUCCUCCUCUAUGCACCACCAAGAUGUUUUGUGGCCAGUAACCUUGAGAUCAAGGGAACAAAUGGAGUCUGGACCUUAUCCUGUUCGUGAAGGUGAACUGGAUUGUUCAUACUACAUUAGAACAGGAGUGUGCCGAUUUGGGCCUACAUGUCGAUUCAACCACCCCCCCAACAGGAAACUGGCUAUUGCAACAGCAAUGAUGAAAGGUGAAUAUCCAGAAAGGAUAGGACAACCUGAAUGUGAGUAUUAUUUAAAAACGGGGACAUGCAAGUUUGGAGCCACAUGCAAAUUUCACCAUCCUCGAGACAAAGCUGGGAUUACCGGACGAGUUGCCUUAAAUGUUUUGGGAUAUCCACUUUGCCCGAAUGAGACAGAAUGUGCAUAUUAUAUAAGAAAUGGACAGUGCAAAUUCGGGAGCACUUGUAAAUUCCAUCAUCCCCAGCCAUCAAACAUGAUGGUCUCUUUACGUGGUUCUGCUGUAUAUCCUGCAAUUCAUUCUCCUACAACCAAUCAGCUAUCAUAUCCAUUGUCAAGAGCUUCUUUUAUUGCCAGUCCAAGGUGGCAAAGCCCUUCAAGUUAUACACCACUUGUCAUGCAACAGGGAGUGGUAUCUGUCCCUGGAUGGAACACAUACAGUGGUCAACCCAGUUCAGCUCUAUCUUCUGAAAACCAACCCCCUUCAGCAGUAAACAUCCACAAUGAUGGAACGUCACAUCAGGACGACUCUGGAAAUAUUGCAUCUGAGUAUGGUUCUGUACCAAUGGGAUAUUAUGCAUUCCAAAAAGAUAAUGUAUUUCCUGAGAGACCAGGUCAGUCGGAAUGCCAGUUUUAUAUGAAGACUGGGGACUGCAAAUUUGGUGCAGUUUGUAAGUUUCACCAUCCUAAGGAAAGACUGAUUCCUGUUCCUGACUGUCACUUGAGUCCAAUUGGACUUCCUUUACGCCUGGGGGAGCCUGUAUGUGUAUUCUACUCACGAUAUGGUAUCUGCAAGUUUGGUCCGAGCUGCAAGUUUGAUCACCCCAUGACAGUUUUUGCAUACAAUACGCCUGCAUCAUCAUCAACUGACUCCGCAGCCAUUCGCCGUUUUUUGGCCUCUUCACCGGGAACAGUUCCAGCAAAUUUCUCCUCAGAUGGACUCAUGGAUGAAAGCUACACAAACAAUAGGCGGCUUUCCUUGUCAGAGGCUAGACAAAAACCCUCGGGUGACAAUAACACUGACUCAGAGUGAAAAUAUUUCUUCGAAAAGUAAUUGAGUUAUUGCCUUAUAUAAUCUUGGAAGAUAAAUAAAUAACAGCUUCCUGUAAAUUCAUUUCCGUGUCUGGAGAUGUACAGAAUUCAAUUCCAAGUCGAUCUGCUUUUCUGAAGAUGCAGUUCAGUUGACUAGAUUCACUUCUUAAACUUGCUGCUAUGUAUAAAUCUGCAAAUGUUGUCACAUUUGUUAAAGGCAGUAGUGGAUGUUUCCAUUUUUUGACAGCCAUAAUUUUCAUAUGUUUGUAUUACUUUGACAGUCUUCUGAGCAUUUCUUUUUGCAGCAAGGUUUGCCUCUCUCGGCAAUAGUCUUCCCAAAAACAUACAGGGUCAUUCCUUGUGCUAAUAGCUAUUUCUGCUGAUUAUGGUUGAUUUCCUACAUGUUUAGAACGCUUGCAAUGUCCCCUUCAUUUCAUGGUUGGAUGUGAAUGAAUUCUAAUAUAAUCUGAUCAGUCAUAAAGAAAAACCAUGAAAAAAGAUACUAUAUCUGGUUUCCCUAUAAGGGGCAAGUGCCGAGAUAGUUGUUCCAUUUAAAAGCAAUCCAUUGAGAAAGCUAAAGAUCAACGUUUGCUGUGCCAAAACUCAAUCAGGGGUUGACCUAUGCUUAUUUAGGAUCUGUGGUGAAACAGCCAUGGAAACGGUCGAAAGAAAGGGAUGCCUCAUUUAAUUCUUCUAGAGGAGCAAAUAGCAGUUGUCCUUUCUUGUGAGUGCAGGUGAUGAUGAUGGUAGAACUACAAGUCAAUUGAAGGGAAGGGCAUAAACAACACUGACAACAAGCAUGUCUGUAGAUUGUGAGGUGGAAAUUAUUCAAGUUUGGUGCAAUCAGAUGAUACACCAGUUUGUUCUCAUGGAGCAUCUAUAAUAAUCGACACGGAUCUCUAAAUCCUGAAUUUUGCCUAGCAGUAUAGAUGAUUAAAUUUAUGUUCUGAGUUGGAGAAAUUAGAGGUCUGGAACCGCAGAAUCAGAAAAUUUGCCUCCUAUCUAUGAGAAUGUGAGAGUAUGAUAAACAAGAUUUUGGGAGUAGAUAGUGAAAUUAUACCAUAUUGUAAUGCAAAUACAUUUCACACGUCUUAAAUCAUCAAUGAAAGAAAAAGAAAAGUAGUACUACUAGUAUUUAUUUCAAAA